UAUAAAGUGAGGAGGCAGUGUUUGGUUUUGGGGGCUGGGUUGCCUAUGGAAUCUGCUAGUCUCUGCCUACUUUCUCGCAUCAGCACCACUAAGCUUUGAUUGCGUUUUAGCCCGGUCUGUCUGCAUCUGCGUUCCUUGCCUCGCGUCUUUGAUAUUAGCCUACAACACAGCAGACGAAGAAACGAAAAGGAUUUAUAAAAGUGUGUCCAUCCAUCUGCUUGAGAAGUGCACUAUUUUCUAUUAGUAAAGAUGGUUAAACUGGGGAGCAAUCUAGAAGACAAAGGCGUUAAACCCGUCAGUGUGGAGGAUGGCUUCCAAAACGUGCCGCUCAUCACCCCUCUGGACGUCGGUAACCUCCAGUAUGGAGCCCCAGACAAGGUGGUGGUGAAGACACGGACUGAGUACCAGACGGACCAGAAGAAAUCCAAGAUGAAGGUGCCCAAGGUGGAGGAGUUUACCAUCAGCUUCACUGACGGAGUGUCAGAGAGACUCAAGGUACUCUGAAAGUUAAUUUCUUAAUU